AUGCAUAUUAGGAUGAGUUUUCCUUCUACUAAAAUGGAGCCCAUGCCUGCCAAUAACGUGACUGAAUUUAUUCUCUUGGGACUCACACAGAAUCCACACCUGCAGAAAAUACUCUUCAUUGUCUUUUUGCUCAUUUUCCUAUUUACAGUGCUGGCCAAUCUGUUCAUCGUGGUCACUAUCUCCUUCAGCCCUGCGCUGUCGGCUCCCAUGUACUACUUUCUCACUUAUUUGUCUUUAGUAGAUGCCUUCUACACCUCUGUCACCACCCCUAAGAUGCUCUUCGAUCUGCUCUACCAGAGGAGAACCAUCUCCCUGCAUGGCUGCUUGACUCAGCUCUUUGCAGAGCACUUCCUAGGAGGUUCAGAGAUCAUCCUUCUCAUUGUCAUGGCCUAUGACCGCUACGUGGCCAUCUGCAAGCCCCUGCAUUACCUGACCAUCAUGCGCCAAGGCCUCUGUCACAUCCUGGUGGCAGUAGCCUGGGCUGGAGGGAUGCUGCAUGCCACCAUGCAGAUCUUUUUCAUGAUCAACCUGCCCUUCUGUGGCCCCAAUGUCAUUGACCACUUCAUGUGUGAUCUCUUCCCACUGCUGACACUAGCCUGCAGAGACACCCAGAGGCUCGGAAUGGUGGUGGCAGCCAACAGCGGAGCCAUGUGCUUGCUCAUCUUUUCCCUGCUGCUCAUGUCCUACCUCGUCAUCCUCAACUCCCUGAAAUCCCACCGCUCCGAAGGCAGGCGCAGAGCCCUCUCCACGUGUGGCUCCCACUUUACCGUGGUGGUUCUUUUCUUUGUGCCCUGCAUAUUCACUUACAUGCGCCCCGUGGUCACCUACCCCGUGGACAAGCUGGUGACUGUGUUCUUUGCAAUCCUCACUCCCAUGUUAAAUCCUUUAAUUUACACAGUGAGAAACACAGAGGUGAAAAAUGCCAUGAGGAAUUUGUUGAAGAGGAGAACAACCUAG